AUGGCAAUAUUCGUGCCUAAUAUGGUCAACAGCCAGGUGCAAUUCGCGGCAAGAGUGGCCGGCACAUUGGCCGACGCCGGACACGACGUCACUAUGGUGAUGGUCACAUUCUUGAGCGAUGUUAAGAUUGAGGUGAAGAUUCCGAAGAAUGUGAAAGUCUAUGACGCGCUGGGCAUAUUGGAUGGAAUCACAAAAGCGCAAAUCGAGGAUGAACAAUCGAAAUUAAUAUUCAAGGACAUCGGAUUGCUCGAUCCGAGUCUUGUGAACAUGAUCAGAAGGUUCAAUAAAUUGCAAGCAAAUGGCUGCCGAUUGUUGCUUCGUAAUAAGGAAUUCCUUAAAUGGCUUGAAAAUGAGAAGUUUGACAUCGCUUUUGCGUACAUCUACUCGACAUGUCCAAUUGGUCUCAUUCAUCACGCAAAGAUUCCCACAUGGAUCUGGUUAAAUAGCGGUGGUUUAAUGGAUUAUGUGGCGAAUGCCGUUGGCGUUCCAAUCAUUCCAAGCUAUGUUCCACCAAUUAUGAUGGCAUCUCAUGAUAAUAUGGACUUCCUUGGAAGAUUGAAGAGCUUCUUCGGCCACAUUAUCGGAGAAUUCAUGUUUCGAUCAUCAACUGACAUUGACACUUCUAUAUUCCGCGACGAAAUCAGUCCAGAUUUUCCUCAUACCUACGAGAUUGCCAAAAAAUGUCCAUUGGUUAUGGUGAACUCGAAUGAGCUUUAUGAUCUACCAAGACCAACUCUAGCGAAGGUGGUGAAUAUUGGAGGAUUGGGUGUCGGCUUCGAUGCUGCCAAACCGCUGACAGGGGAAUUUGAGAAGAUAAUCAAUAGCGGAAAAGGAACAAUCGUUUUCUCAUUCGGAUCGGUGGCUGCUGCCCACAAAAUGCCCGAAUUCUGGAAAAGCGCCCUUUUGGAAGCAUUUGCUGAAUUUGCAGACUAUCAAUUUGUGAUGAGAUACGUUGAGAACGACCUCAAUGAUCGACUUCCCAAAAAUGUGCACCUAUUCAAAUGGCUUCCACAAAAGGAUCUUCUGCUUCAUAAUAAUACGAAGGCUUUCAUUUCUCACGGAGGAUACAACAGUCUUCAGGAAUCAAUUUCUUCGGGUACUCCAUUAGUCACCAUUGCAUUGUUCGGAGAUCAGCCAAAAAAUUCGAAAAUCGCACUCAAACAUGGAAUUGCUGUAAAUAUUGCAAAAUCGGAAAUAUCGAAGGAAACAAUUGUGAAAAAUCUUCGAGAGAUUCUUGAGAAUCCGAUGUUAUAA